AGUGAUCAGUCGCAAUUCCAUGUGCUUCCGUGUCAAGUGAAAAAAGAAAAGAUUUAACUUCCAGAAUUUGAUAAAAAAGUUUCACGCCGAUCAAAAGUGUGGGGUGUUAUACUGUGCCAGCGCUACGUGUAAUGUUUUGUGCUGAUAAAUCAUCAUCUACCAAGUAGUCAAACGUUUAGCAACGAUGAAUAUGAAUAUGUCGCUUUCUGCUGAAACCUUUGGAGAAAUUCCAAAUACGAUGCCUUCGCAAUGCGAUGACUACGGUUCCUUAAGUCGAUUGGAUACCAAGGAACUGCUUCCAUCAAUGUCGUUAAUAGGGACUGAGGUCGAUAACCUAUAUAUCGAUGGUAACCUUGAUGUUCAGGAACUAUAUAAAUAUGGAAAUGAACAAUAUCCCGUCAAAACCGAAAUGACACCGUUGGCAUAUAAGACUUUUGUGGAUCAUGCGUUGAAAAUGCCGGAAUUGGAGGAUCUCCAGAAUCAGAUCUACAAUUUCAAUGUCGAAUUGAAGGGUGAAGGAUCCAAAGCUUGGGCCUUCUCUAACAAGCUGAAAAAGUUGUACGUGAAGAAGAAGCAGGCGUUGACGGUUUCGGUUUCGUACCGUAACACCCUGCCGGACACGUGUCUCAAUCUACGUGUUAUGUUGGUCUGUUCAUCACCUCAGGAUAUUCACAGACCCGUCUGCAGAUGCCAGCACGAUAUAUCGAAAGAUACCGUUCAACUGGAGUAUUUGAAGGACCAUGUUGUGCGGUGUUUGAAUCCAGAAGCGACUUAUAUCGGCCAAACUGGGGGUGUGGCAUUCAAAGAUCGCUUGGCCAUGAUGAUUCAACUCCAGGGUGUCGGCGAUCAGGUCACGCCAGUGUCACUCGAGUUUUGGUGCCAAAACUCCUGCCCGACCAUUGAGCGUCGGGCCACAUCACUAGUGUUCACGCUAGAGAAUGAACACGGCGCCAUUCUGGGACGAAAUUCCAUCAAUGUGAAGAUCUGCAGUUGCCCCAAGCGCGACAUGGAUAAGGAAGAGGGCAAAGGCGUGGUUGGUGGCAAGAGAAAGCAUGAUGCUCACAAUAAUUCCAUCACUACGGAUGAUCAACCUCCAAGGAAGUUGACGCGCCAAUCGAGUCAGUCCUGCAUUCGACCGGCUCGUAGCGUGGCCACCACCAACCAACAUGAUAUUCCAGUGCCAUCUACAUCAGCAAUAACACCAUUCGAUUGCGUCAAGAAGGAAACACCGUACGUGCCAAUAUCGCGCUCUAGUAGCACGAUCUCCAACACCGCCGUCGAGAAUGAUAAUACGGCAAUCCCCGUAAACCUUCGGUUGCCCGACAUCGCUACCGCCGUGGAGGUGGUAGAAUAUGCCUUCAAGCAUAUUUCCGCCGACAUGGUGCGCUGUGCCAACGAGGAGAAGCGUAAUCGUCUCGCCACAUUCCUCGCUCACUGCCGUCGCAUGAAGAGUAAGUACUCCCAGUUUCUGUAGGUACUUAUGAUCCAUUUUUCGUUCAUACCUUCCGAUCGUCGUUCGCUGACGAUCGAAUCUUACUUUUUAACCUUGACAUACAAACGAAUCCUGUUUUAUUAUCAUUUACUUCCUACUUUUGUCGUACCUUACCUUACCUCCUAUAUCUGACUCUGUCGAGAAUUUUACUAAUUGGUUCCCAUACCUAUGAUAUAUGGGAGUUUCAUGUCCCGUAGCAAUAGUAGGAGAAGGUUGCCUUUGGAGAAGAAGGCCGCACUCGCACAAACAUGCCAUUCGAGACUGGGGGUUGGACUAGUCUUGGUAGAGACUAUACCGCUUAAUAGAAGUACAAAAUAAUUGAAAGAUUUAAAAAAAACAUGAAAAAAAUCUAUACAAAAAAAUACAAUGUAACGAUGCAAAGGUUUCUCUAAAUGCAAGUCGAAAAAAGGCAAGAGCCAUGGAAAAAAGACUGAAAAGAGCAUGAGAAAAAAAAACACUGCCAAAAAAUUAUGGGCACUUAAAAGAGCCAAAGGGGCCAAACAAGCCAAAAAAAUAUGUGGCAACGAAAAAAAAAAGAAAAACGGCAAAAAAUUAUAGCCAAAAAACAAAUAGCAAAAAAUUCUAGCUAUCAAAAAAAAAAAAAAGAAAAAAAGAAGCAUCGGAGAAACCUACAAAGAUAUAUAAAGCAAUGAUUGCGCAAUGAAAAAAAAGAUGAAAGAUAUGAAAUAAAGCGCCGGUACCGAUAACGGCUGAAGAAGUCGGUACCACCGGAAAUAAACUGUCCAAA